GUCAGCUACAGAGAAAAUAAGCUAGCAGAUUCUAAAAUAUCCAGUGGAUGGGAGGUAACUUGUGGCAUUUUGAUAGAAUUAGGAGGGGCUCAGUAUAACAGCAGGGUUUUAGUAACCCAUAAAGGACUAGCAGUCACUGCAGAGCUGGAACACACACCCUCCUCUCCAGCCUCAGUAACAAGCACCUCAUCCUCCCCACUACAGCCCAGCAAUCAUGACUGAUUUCAACGGCUACUGGAAAAUGCAAAGCAAUGUGAAUUUUGAGGAUUAUCUCAGGGCGCUUGAUGUCAAUGUUGCCAUACGGAAAAUCGCCACUCUGCUGAAGCCGGACAAAGAUAUUAUUCAGAAUGGAGAGCACAUGGUCAUUAGAACACUGAGCACUUUUAGAAACUACAUCAUGGAGUUUGAUGUGGGAAAGGAAUUUGAAGAGGAUUUGUCUGGAGUGGAUGAUCGCAAGUGCAUGACAACCGUAAAAUGGGACGAUGGCAAGCUGGUGUGUGUACAGAAAGGGGAGAAGGAAGGACGCGGCUGGACUCAGUGGGUGGAAGGAGAUGAAUUACACCUGGAGAUGCGGGUUGGAGAUGCAGUCUGCAAACAGGUGUUUAAGAAGGUUAACCAAUAAUGCUGACUUUGACUGAGACAAGGAGCCUCCAUGAUAGAAAGACCUUUUUAGAAAGCCCAUUCAGUUUCCCAGCUGUACUAAUGGUUUUUACUAUAUUGUAAUUAUUAUUUUAGGGUUACAUUUCUGCAAUUUUGUUUUACAAUGUGACUUAAGUUACUUUAAUAAAAACACUAACCUAA